UUUCCUGACACUGUCCUCCAUUUAUCUGUGGCUUGUCCUCUUUGGCGCUGAGGACGGGGUCACCAGAGGCCCUCCUUUUCCAAGACCCAUCCUUCAUUUGGACCUCUUUCUGUUCAGGAGGAAUUCCAAAACUCCCUCCAUUUUGGGCGUGACUAAAAAGCAUGGAUUGACAAUUAUAUGAGAUGGUUUUUGUGUGUGAGAGAGAGAGAGAGAUUUUAUCAGGUCAUGUCCUACAUUUUUUCUCGAAGGAUCUCCAUUUUGUGGCGCCUUGUCCUCUUUGGAGGUUAGAGGACAUCUAGUGACUCUGCUGAAGUAACGGAAGUGAUCCAAAUUCUCUUUCAUUAUAUAGAGGAUAUACACAGCGGGUCGUUCAACUUGUUUAACAGUGUAACAGAUGGCGGCACAGUGUGUUACAAAGGUGGAGCUAACCAUCUCCUGUAGCAGUCUCUUAGAUAAAGAUGUUGGCUCCAAGUCAGACCCAUUGUGUGUGCUACUUCAGCACACAAGUGGGCAGCAGUGGUAUGAGGUUGAUCGCACAGAAAGAAUAAAAAACUGUUUGAACCCUAAGUUUUCCAAGAGAUUCUUAAUUGAUUACUACUUUGAGCUAGUCCAGAAGCUCAAAUUUGGGGUGUAUGACAUUGACAAUGCAACAGUUGAGCUGAGUGAUGAUGACUUUUUAGGAGAAUUUGAAUGCACCUUGGGGCAGAUUGUCUCCAGCAAGACGCUCACUAGACCUCUAGUGUUGAAGAAUGGGAAACCUGCAGGAAAAGGAAGAAUUACGAUUACAGCUGAAGAAGUAAAAGAUAACCGAGUCGUCAUAUUUGAAAUGGAAGCAAGGAAACUGGACAACAAGGAUUUUUUUGGCAAAUCAGAUCCUUAUUUGGAAUUCCACAAGCAGACAUCUGAAGGAAAUUGGGUGAUGGUACACAGAACAGAGGUUAUUAAAAAUAACUUGAAUCCUGUAUGGAGACCAUUCAAGAUCUCUCUCAAUUCUUUAUGUUAUGGCGAUAUGGACAAAACAAUAAAGGUUGAGUGCUAUGAUUAUGACAGUGAUGGGUCACAUGAUCUCAUAGGGACCUUUCUUGCCACAAUGGCAAAACUGAAGGAAGCAUCUCGACAUUCACCAGUUGAAUAUGAAUGCAUAAAUGAAAAGAAGAAGCAAAAAAAGAAAAGCUACAAGAAUUCAGGCAUUAUCAGCAUUAAACACUGUGAGAUUAUUAUGGAAUGUACUUUCCUUGACUACAUCAUGGGAGGCUGCCAGCUGAAUUUUACUGUUGGCAUUGACUUUACUGGCUCUAAUGGAGAUCCUCGUUCUCCAGACUCCCUGCAUUACAUCAGUCCUAAUGGAGUGAAUGAAUACUUGACUGCCAUUUGGUCUGUGGGGAUGGUCAUCCAGGACUAUGAUGCGGAUAAAAUGUUCCCAGCUUUUGGAUUUGGUGCUCAAAUCCCUCCGUCAUGGCAGGUGUCACAUGAGUUUCCAUUAAACUUUAACCCAUCAAAUCCAUUCUGCAGUGGAAUUCAAGGUGUCGUGGAUGCAUACCGGGUCUGCCUUCCUCAAGUAAGAUUGUACGGGCCUACCAACUUUUCUCCAAUAAUAAAUCAUGUGGCAAGAUUUGCUGCAGCUGCUACACAGCAACAAACAGCCUCAAAUUAUUUUGUGCUCCUGAUAAUCACUGAUGGUGUGAUAACAGACCUAGAUGAAACCAGAUCUGCCAUCGUUAAUGCUGCCAAACUUCCCAUGUCCAUUAUCAUUGUUGGUGUUGGAGGAGCUGAUUUCAGUGCCAUGGAGUUCCUUGACAGUGAUAGUGGAGCUCUGAGAUCUCUUUCGGGAGAGGCUGCUAUGAGAGACAUUGUCCAAUUUGUUCCAUUUCGACAGUUCCAGAACGCUCCCAAGGAAGCUCUGGCUCAAAGUGUCCUGGCAGAAGUGCCACAGCAAGUGGUGAACUAUUUCAGCACAUUCAAACUCCAGCCUCCAAAGAAGCGUGAAGCAAAACCAGAGGAGAGUUGAACAGGGGAGGACAGCCUUGUUUGCUCAGGUGGGGAGUCCCUGUACCACUUGCCUCACCAGUAUCAGUGAACUGUAUUGCAUAAAAUAUAUAUUGUUAA